CUGCUGGAAGUCAAAAGCAGCAACGAGGAAAGAUGCAGUCGAUAGCGGUAGUUCGAUCCCUCCGCCUCCUCCCCGCCACUCGCACGUGCCUCCUUCCCCUCGCACGUGCUUCAACCAGCACCGCCGGACCCGCCGACACUGCCGUCCACUCGCAAGACCCGCAGGGAGACGACGCCGAAGAGGCGCCAAAGGCAGCCGCCGCCGCCGAAGAGAGAGAACGACGAGAACGACAGCAAGACAUCAAAACCCCACCAACCAUCGACAACAUCCCGCCCUUCGCUCCCUCCCCAAAGCUCGAGAGCCACGAAGUUGGCCGACCCGGUGACCCCUCCUUCCAACAAAAGCGCCGAUGGUCCCACGCGGCGGCGCCGGGUUGCGUCCUCAUCGAGGACGCCACCUGCGUGGGGGUCGAUGGCAGCCCGCUCGCCGGCGGUUUCGAAGCUCAAGUUAAGGAGGAGGAAGAGGAGUAUGCGGCGUACUACAAGGAGCACAAGCCGUCGCCGCUCUCGGAGAUCGAGUUCGUGGACACUAGGAAGCCGAUAAGCCAGGCGUGGGACGGCGGGGCGAGCGACGACGUGGGGAUGGGGGUGAUGGUGGAGGACACGGUGGACGCGGCGCUGCAAAGAGCGGAGGCGAUGUUCCAGGCGGCCAGGGAGAGCGGGGACUCCGACUCGCCGCAGUCCCGGGCUCUGGCGAGGAUGCUUCGCGAGAGAGCGCGUCGGGGUUUAGAAAUGCUUCCUUGAUGGUUUGGCAUGAUAGAUUCUUGUAGAUACGACAUAAAAAUGGCUGGUUGUAGCUAUGUAAUGUAACAUGCCCCGUCUUGUUCAAAAGAGGUCUUGCAGGGGCUGUCGGAUAAUUGGUCGAAGACUUGGGCUUGGAUUGUCUUAUAAGUGAAUUAUCCGAAUCUGAUCGUUGGGUUAAAAUUGUGAGUAAAUUAUAAAGGGUUUGAUCAAGUUAUGUUUUAA